UUUGGUUGAUGGCCUCCACUCCAGGUCUCAUGUUCAAUACUGGAAUUGGCCAGCACAUUCUGAAAAAUCCCCUCAUUGUUAACAACAUUAUAGAGAAGGCUGCCUUACGGCCCACGGAUGUUGUCCUUGAAGUAGGACCUGGAACUGGUAACCUGACAGUAAAAAUGCUAGAGAAAGUAAAAAAGGUAAUUGCUUGUGAACUUGACCCACGACUUGUGGGUGAACUUCAGAAGAGAGUCCAGGGCACAUGCCUAGCAAACAAACUAGAAAUAAAGGUUGGAGAUGUCUUGAAAACUGACUUACCGUUCUUUGAUACAUGUGUAGCUAACUUGCCUUAUCAGAUUUCUUCACCUUUUGUUUUCAAGCUGUUGCUGCAUAGACCUUUUUUCAGGUGUGCAAUACUUAUGUUUCAGAGAGAAUUUGCUCUUCGUUUGGUUGCAAAACCAGGGAAUAAACUAUACUGCAGACUCUCAAUUAACACUCAGUUAUUAGCCCGUGUGGAUCAUCUAAUGAAAGUUGGAAGGAAUAAUUUCAGGCCUCCACCCAAAGUUGAAUCCAGUGUUGUCAGAAUAGAGCCAAAGAACCCUCCACCACCUAUUAAUUUUCAGGAAUGGGAUGGUCUAGUAAGGAUAGCCUUUGUCAGGAAAAACAAGACGCUCUCUGCAGCAUUUAAAUCAAGAGCGGUACAGCAGCUGCUGGAUCAGAAUUAUCGAAUUCACUGUUCUAUACAUAAUAUUGAAAUACCAGAAAACUUCAAAAUUGCAGAGAAAAUACAGAUGGUUCUAAAAAAUACAGGUUUCUCUGAAAAACGGGCUCGCUCAAUGGAUAUAGAUGACUUCAUUAGAGUGCUGCAUGGCUUCAAUUCAGCAGGCAUCCAUUUUUCAUAAAUGCCUGAACAGAGCAUUUUACAUUCGCUAGGGAGAACUGAAAUGUGACGUCAACAAAGGUGUGCGUAGGAGGAAGAACUCUCAUGUUGAGAGCAAUCACCAGCAUACAAAGUUCAUGUGACUAUUCUGCAAUAAUUGCUCAGAAGUACUUGUUUGAAGACAAUAGCUGUAAAGGUGCUGUGUUACAUUUUAAAAUUGUAACUGUCAAGACUAAAGCUAUGUGCCUUUUUCCCCCAUCAGAGCACUUUUUAAAUGUACCCUAUGAUAUGAAGUGGCUCCAAAAGCCCCAAAUUAAACCCUUCCCUCCCUGACUUCUCCUGCCAUUACAACAUUCAGAAUGGAACUCAAACCUCUGUUUGGCCACCACAGAACUACUUGUAGACUGGUGGCAUGAUGCCAAUUCA